AUGUGGUCCCUUCUUUCCACGCUGACCGUCUUAUGUAUCCAGAUGUUGCUGGUGAUGUGCAAUCCAUUACAGGUACUUGGUGUGGAUGGGGUCAACUUCAGUGUGCAUGUGGAGAACCAGACACAGGUGCGAGACACCAUGAGUCGGCGACACCACCGGGUUUACCAGCUCUACAGUCGCACUAGCGGCAAACACGUCCAGGUGCUGGGACGCAGAAUCAGCGCCCGUGGAGAAGAUGGAGACAAAUAUGCCCAGCUCGUAGUGGAGGCCGAUACCUUUGGUAGCCAGGUGAGAAUCCGGGGCAAAGAAACCAAUUUCUACCUGUGCAUGAACCGCAGGGGCAAGCUGGUAGGAAAGAAGGCCAGUAAUCGAAGCGCCGACUGCGUCUUUGUGGAAAAGGUUCUGGAAAACCACUACACAGCUCUGAUGUCAGCGCGCUACACAGGCUGGUAUGUGGGCUUCACGAAAAGAGGGCGUCCUCGCCGUGGCCCCCACACACUCCCCAACCAGCAGGACGUACACUUCAUGAAGCGCUUCCCACCUGGGGAGCAGCCUGACCUCACCACUCCCUUUCGCUUCACCACCGUAAGCAAGCGGGGCAAGAGGGUACGUGCUACUGGGCCCCGCUAGUAGUGGCUAACACUAGCACCAACUGUCUUGUCAUCCAGAGCUUUGACCUGAGCCUGAAAAUGGCUAACCUAGUCAUCUCUUCCGUCUCACAUGACUGAAUACCUCCCUUUGUUGGGACAAAC